UCUGUUGCGUCUCGCCGUCUCCGAUUCUCCACUCUCCGGUCUGUGGCUCUCUGCGACACGCGACGGUUGAAACGGCGACUACUCUUCAAGGUCCUUCGACGAACACUGCUCCGUCUGCUCGGCGCCUUGGCUGCUGCCUUAGACGAGCACUGCUCGGCAGCUCCAGUGCACCCUUCGGGCUUCGAUGCUAGGCAGCCCGACGAUGAGAUAAAAGAUAGAAGAGAAUCCAGGAAAAACAAACAAACGAAUCAUUCAUCCUAGCAUUCAUCAUCUCCAUUGGACCCUCUGGUCUCCAGUCUCUACUUUCAGCAUCACUGCUUUGGAGCUUGUCUAUUUCCCAUUUGCCAUAAUCUCUACCUGAUCAACCAGUGGCUAUGGCUCCAGCAUCAUCAAAGCUUUACACAGAUGAUGUAAGCUUAUUGAUGGUGCUGAUUGACACCAAUCCUUUCUUCUGGAGCUCAAUGAAGAAUAAUGAUUCCUUCACAUUCUCUAAAUUCCUAUCUCAUGUUAUAUCAUUUUUGAAUUCAAUAUUAUUACUGAGCCAGCUUAACCAAGUGGUUGUGAUAGCCACUGGGCACAACUCAUGUGACUAUAUAUUUGAUUCCUCUGACUCCUCAAAUCAGAGGGCAGAGUGCAUGUUGGAGAAAUUGGAGGAGUUUGUGGACAAGGAUGAAUCAUUGAGUCAAGAAGAUUCGGUUGAUGGAGUUGGGUCUUCGCUUCUCUCUGGGUCACUUUCUAUGGCUCUCUGCUAUAUACAAAGGGUGUUUCGUUCAGGGCCACUCCAUCCACAACCGCGGAUAUUGUGUCUUCAUGGAUCUCCGGAUGGGCCUGGACAAUACGUGGCCAUCAUGAAUUCAAUUUUCUCUGCUCAACGUUCAAUGGUACCAAUAGAUUCAUGUGCUAUAGGAGCCCAGCAUUCAGCUUUCUUGCAGCAGGCUUCAUACAUAACUAAUGGUGUAUAUUUGAAGCCCCAAAUAUUAGAUGGACUGUUUCAAUAUCUUUCGACUGUGUUUGCUACUGAUUUGCAUUCUCGUGCCUUUUUACAUCUUCCCAGGCCUGUGGGAGUUGACUUCCGUGCUUCGUGCUUUUGCCACAAAAAUACAAUUGACAUGGGCUAUAUAUGCUCUGUUUGUUUAUCCAUUUUCUGCAAGCAUCAGCCUCAAUGCUCGACAUGCGGAUCGGUUUUUGGUAAGGCUAGAGGACAGGAACCUGCUGCGCCGUAAGAUCACAAGAAAAGACACUGGCUAAUGGUCAUUUUGGGAGGGUGACUAUUUCCUCUUGUUGCUAUGAUGCUGUUGGUCACAUCACUCAAUUCCAUUUGUGAAGAAGACCUGUUCUGAAGGCUUUUCUUUAUGCCCUUUAUGGUAUGGCUCCAUCAUUACAGAAUAACCGAAACACUGCUGGAAUGCAUUUUGCAACCAGACAUUUUGCUAAUGUAAACUUUCCUAUAAUUUCAAUCAAUUUAAAUUAAUGAAUAUAUACCCUAUUGG